CGGCCGGGCGGGCGUGCGCUGCGCUCGGCAGCCGGGCGCGUCCUGCCGCCGCUCGCCCUCCGCGGCCCCGGGAGCGGCCCCGGUUGCGCCGCCGUGGCGACGCGCGGGGGGAUCCCGGGAUGUCCUCGUCGCCCGUGGAGGAGUGCCGGUCGCCCGUGGGGCUGGACUGCUGCAGCUGCUGCCUGGACUUGGCUAACCGGAGCGGGCUGGAGGAGGGGGCCGGGGGGGAGAACAACAACCUGGGCAGCCCCACCGUCAGCAGCUUCCGGCAGCUGCAGGAGCAGCUGGUCCGCAAGAACCUCAACACCGACAAGCUGAGCUCCAUCAUGCGCCAGGACUCGCUGGAGCCCGUCGUGCGGGACCCCUGCUACCUCUUCAACCAGGGCAUCUGCAACAGGAACAUCGACCAGACCCUGCUCUCCAUCCUCCUGCUCUUCCACAGCGCCUCCGGAGCCAGCGUGGUGGCCAUCGACAACAAGAUCGAGCAGGCAAUGGAUCUUGUGAAAAAUCACCUGAUGUACGCGGUGCGGGAGGAGGUGGAGGUCCUGAAAGAGCAAAUCAAAGAACUGUUGGAGAAAAACUCCCAGCUGGAGCGUGAAAACAGCCUCCUGAAGACCCUCGCCAGCCCUGAGCAGCUGGAGAAGUUCCAGUCCCGGCUCCCUGCAGAGGUCCUGUGCGUGGAGGAGCAGAGCCCCGGGGCAGCUGCCCCAGCCCAGCACUCAGGGGGCUCUGCGGUGUAAGGUGGCUCUGUCCUCGGGGUGGGCAGAGCCACAGAACUCUUUCUACUUAAUCUCCUGCAAAAUCGUUUCCGCCUUCAUCUCACACGAAGGACUGCCAGACCCCGGCGCUGAGCCGUGCCCCCCCCCGGGCAAACCUGGCCAGCCAGCAGAGCCAGUGGCCGUCUCCUGCACGAGGAUGCUCUUCUGUGAGGGAGAUGCGGGCAGCUGACCCCUCCCCAUCCAACCACCCGCCGUGUGCCAGGAGUAAAUCUGUGGCCUGCCCAUCCCAGGCUCUGCUGAAACCUGGGCAUCUGCAACACCCUGGCAGUGCCAGGUGACCUUUGGCACUUUAAUGGGAAUCCACGGUUGGAGGAGCGCACGCUGAGUCCUGUGCCUUUGCUGCACUGUGCAGGGGGGGGUGUCUCUUUCUGGCAAAGCCUGACGUUGGAGGAAGACCGUUGUUUAGUGAGCGAUGCAGAUUUGUCCCGCUACCCACCCAGGAGCGUGCUCGAACCCAAACCUGACUCUGAGGAGCACCGGUGGUGGCAGUUGCGGUGUAGUGCAUGGCUGUACGCACAUCAGUGUGGGGAUUACAAGGAAAAAAAAAAGCUUGUUUUAUUAGUUUGGGCAUCUUCUGUAGCCGUAUCUAUGUAUAAACACACACAUGAGCAGUGCCCACAAGGCUGUGGGGUGCCCUGCUCUGGGCCAGCCAUGCCCAUCUCUGUACAGCUGGGGGAUUCGAGGCAAGACUGGAAUGGCUAACGGCUGUAACUGGGUGGCCAGCACUGCGAGCGGCACAAAGGAGGGGGACGGAUUCACCCCUCUCUGGCAUACACAGUGACAGCCAUGCAGCAGUGCUGGGAGGAUCUGGACUGACCGCUGGGCAGAGCCAUGACAGGGGCUGUGGUCCAGCCCGCUGGGUUGGGGGGAGCCAGCCUGUGCUCCUGGGCUCCCCACCUUCCCUGGCCAGCUCUCUGGGAAGUGACGGGACGUCCUUUUUGACGUUGGAAGCAGUGACACAGUUGUGUAAAUCUAGGUAGAAAUGGCAAUAAACUCUACUUUUUAUAUAAA